UGUCAGUUGAAGUUGGGGUCAGAGUGAGCUGUUGUUCAGACACGGCUGUUGUUGCUGUUGUUGCUGCUCACAGGAAACUCAGGCCCUUCUACAGCACCCCCUGCAGUCAUGGACAGCACCCCAAGGCAAUGGGUUCUGAAGCCUCUUUCCCCUCUGCUCCAACCCUCAGACCUGCGGACCAUUGCCGGGUCAACGACAGCAGGUGACCCUAACCUGGACAAACAGUUCUUCUCCUAUCAGCAGAGUGAUGGAUCUCAGGACCAGCAGGUCUUAGUGUCACCAGAGAGAGCAAGUGUCAGUGACGAGUGGCAACCCAGUGGUCCCAGCAGCCCCAGCAGCCCCAGCAGUCCCAGUAGCAGCUCUGGCUCUCACUGUGGCUUCUACUCCUUUGUGGAGGAUCCAAUGAGUCUCGAGGCAGAGAUGAACGAAGUCUGGAUGAACUCAGCACAGCGGCAGUCUCAGCUGUUCACCCUGAAAGAGGAGAGAGGAUUCAAACUACAGACCUACACCAGCAAAAGGAAGCCAGAGAGUCUGUUCUCAGAAAGUAAGGGAGACUCAUGGCACCACGUAGAUCCACAGAAUGUCAUCCAGGUGGUGAAGGAAGAGGAGGAGAAGCAGCUCCGAAAGGAGAUCAUUCGCAGUCAAGCACCCAAGAAAAACCCAGUAUUCAAAGAGCAGCUUCAAAUUCUGGAGAAUCUGGACCUGAGCGGAUCUAAAAACAAACUGAGCUACAGUCCUGUCAGCUCCAGACCAGAACCUUUUCAGCCUGCUGCAUCUGGGACCAUCGACAGGGAGCAGAUCGACUUCAGAGCUGCACAAAAACAGUUCUUGAAGAUGGAGCGGGACCAGUUAGCAGACCUGAGCUUGUCUUUGCAGCAGGGUUCUGACAUGUCCUCAGUGAGGCGGGUGGAGGUGAAUGAAGGUCAGAUCCGUCCCUCAGAAGAGAAUGAGACCUGCACAGAUAGGACGGGGGUGGUGAGCUGGAGGUUAGGGCUGGAGGAGAGUCUGAGCAGGCAGGGUGGUGUGUUUGAAGACCUGGACUCCAGCCUGGAGGAUCUGUCGGUGAACAGAAGCCAACAGUGCACAACUGAGACCCCAAUUGAAAAGGAGAUCCGGUUAGUCCAGGAACGCGAGGAGGACCUUCGGCGCUCUCGUGGCCUGAAGCACAGUGAUGGAAGGGUGGAGAUGGUGAAAAUCGAAACCAAACGUUUACAAUUCUUAACACCCAUCAAGACCCAAGAAAAGUCCAGAACAAGCUUCAUUAUUCAGAGAGAAAUCGAGAAGGAGAACCAGAGAGGAGCAGAACCGGAGCAGCAAGGCGGAAGUCUGCGACUGAAUUUACCAGAUGUUACGCAGCAACAGGAAGAAGACAGGAGGACAGAGGAUGGACACGUUGAUGGCUUCUUGGCUCCUUGUUGUCCUCAUCGACACCCUGAAGAACCCGAGUGGUGCUUCGCUCAAACUUCAGCUUCCUCCUCUGUCACUGAAACAGAUUCCAGAGUUUUACGCCAGGAUCGAAUUACUUCAUCAUCAUCCCGCUUCUCUUCUUCCCCCUCUUCCUUCACACCUCAGUGUUGGAGGGAAAACCUGGAGUCCACUGGUCUGCAGUCCAGGGGACAAGGAGCUCCAGAUUUCAUAGAGAAGGAGAUUGAGGAGGCCUUGAGACGAGAGAAGGAGCUGAGGGAGCUGAGGGAGCUGAGGGAGCUCCAGCAGAACAGGGAGAAAAGAAGUCUGUCAACUCCACCUCCACUUACAGCGCUCCUAUUGGCCCCGCCUCCUCGCAGAAGAGAUGUACUAAAGAUGGACGACAGCGAGUCAUAUGCAGGAAUUCACCUCAUCGAUGAAGUCAACAACAAGGUUGUUGAGUCGACUCGAGUUUUACGACAUAAAAACCAACAAGCUCUUCGUUGGGAGGCCGGAGUCUUUGCCAACCUGGAGAACCAGUGACAGCAGCACAGCUAAACCCAGGACUAGAUCCAAGAUGAGAGUCAGCAUUAAACCCAGGACCAGAGGACUUUCAAACGGGUUUAGAAGUGGAAUGCUGGCUCUUGAUUAGUUGAUUGAUUAAUCGUAACCCUCAGGUUUUGUAAAUGAUAUGAAUGAAUUAAUGUUUUUUAGAAGAGGACUUUGCUAACGAUCUGAUUGAAGACAUUCUUUUCAUUAAAAGUCCUCAGUGUGGACGUCAAACAACAACAUGGUUUAUUUCAUGUCCUGAAAUAAAUCUGGAAUUUUAA